AGGACCUGCGACAACGUGGCUUGCAUGAGUGGCUGGCGUCGCUGUCUUUCGAUAACCCCGAUUGUCCUGACCUGCAGCUGACCAUGGGUGCAGUAAUUGUGGAAGAAAUUAGGGUGGCUGUAGAAGCAGCCACCGGAUUCAGGUGUUCAGCUGGGAUUUCACACAACAAGACACUGGCAAAACUGGCCUGUGGGUUAAACAAGCCCAACCGCCAGACGCUAGUAUCUUCGCGAUUUGUCCCACAGCUCUUCAGCCAACUGCCCGUCGGCAAUAUCCGUAACCUGGGAGGCAAGCUUGGCACUGCCAUCACAGACAUCCUGGGAGUAGAGUACAUCGGGGAGCUGACACAGUUCAGUGAGACACAGCUCCAGACUCACUUUGGAGACAAAACUGGGUCCUGGCUUUAUGACUUGUGCAGAGGAAUUGAAGAGGAGCCUGUGAAAAACCGGUACUUGCCCCAGUCCAUUGGCUGCAGCAAGAACUUCCCUGGGAGGACAGCCUUGGCCACGCAAAAGGAGGUGCAGCACUGGCUCCUGCAGCUGGCCUUGGAGCUGGAAUCCAGGCUGAUCAAGGACAGGAGCCAGAACCACAGAGUGGCCAAGCAGCUGAUGGUGGUCAUCCGCAUGCAGGGAGACACCCGGGUGUCGCGCUUUUGUGCUCUGUCCCGCUACGAUGCCCAGAAGAUGUGCAACGAUGCCUUUGCCCUCAUCCAAAACUGCAACGCGGCUGGGGCUCACCAGGCGGCCUGGUCUCCACCGCUCAUAUCGGUGCUUCUCUCGGCAAGCAAGUUCUCGGAGCCUGCCACGCACCUCUCUGCAGGCAUCGCCACCUUCCUGACAAGCGAUACCCAGCCUGAUGGUAUGGCCACCACCAGCCAAAACACCACGUCUUCUAGGAGGCCCAGGGUCAAGUUCUUCAGGAGCCCAAGCAAAGAGCUUAGGCAGAAGCCAGCUAAUGCUAUUGAGUCAUUCUUCCAAAAGGCAACAGAAAGGCAGCAGUCACAGACGGCAGCAGCAACCAGCCUGCCCACUGCUACCACUGCAGGGUCACCUGUGCCCAGCUCUCCAGAGCACCAAGAGAGAGAUGGCGUUGGACUUGCCUGUGGGCGGUGUGACCCGGAGUCCCCUGUGAAGCGGAGUCCCAGAGACGGGAGCCCUACUUCUCCUUACAAGAGGCUUCCCUGUGAGAAGUUGCCAUCUGAUGCUACACAAACACCCUCGACUCCACCCAGCGUCAGGACCCUUCUGAAAUUAGAGCCAGCUAUGGAGGGAAACGAGCAAAAUUUCCCACCCUCUCCUGAGCUCGCCCCGCUCCCUCCUGCCUCACCGGGGGACCAGCAGUACUGUGAGAAGUGCGGCCAGCUCGUCCUGGUGUGGGAGUUCCCAGAGCACACGGACUACCACUUUGCUCUGGAGCUGCAAAGCUCCUUCCUGGAGCCCAGCGCUCCCACAGCUCCAGCAGAC